UCCACCAACCGGGCAGAAUUUGAGUCUCUAGAAAUGUGUGCCUUUUCUUGCUCUCAGAAAUAAUGAAACUGCUUGGCCUAAAAAACUGCUUCCUAACCAAUGGAGCUUCUCUUUUGAUAUCUAGCCAUUCCUUAUAUGCAUUUUGCUAUGCCACUGAAUCACCUCUUACCCCUGUUGGGGCCUCGGCUCAGUAUCGGGAUGAGAGAAAGGAUUUCUCAGGAUAGGCAGAUCAGAGAUGGGACGAGAAAGAAGAAGGUGUAUUUGCUGCCUCCGAGGCCUCUGCUCCGUGAGAUCAGAUUCCUUCUCUUCUCUGCUCCACUCCAUAUCCUUCCGUGUUGCCUGCUCUGGUCUGUCUAUAACUGUUCCUGUCCCUGCACCACCAUCACUGUCCUCCCUGUCAUCAUCACUGCCCGGUUCCAUCUUGGCCAGGCCCCUGUCUCCAGAAGGACCCCAGCUUCAGCCGUUGAGCCUUGCCGUGUCCCUCUUGGCCUCACAUAGCCCCACCCCACUCGCCCCAGCUCCACACACUGAUAUUCCAGAACCCCAGUUUGUAGUGGUCCCAAAUCAGCACAUUGUCCCGUAGAGUUGUCACAGGUAGGUAAAGGCUGGUGGGUGGGUCCCUCUCAUCAGGUCUCACAGCCCCCCCGCCCCCGCCUGCCCCCUUCUUCCUACUUGUGGCAACUUCAAAUGAAGCACCUUCCUGUCACACUCACUGGGGCCUCAACCACAGGCAGCAGCUGCCCGCCUGCCCACCUCCCUGCAUCCCUCAGAGGGAACUUCUGCAGAACCAGGUGAAGAGGCUCACACAGGCAGGGAUGAGCAUAAGGCCAGCUCAGCUCCUCACCUCUGAUUGUCUCCAUUCGAUCUUCUUCCUGCACCUACGAAGAAAGCAUCAUUGGCUUCUAAAUGUAGUAGGGGUAUGAAGGGGGAGUCUGCUCCAGAAACGGGUUGUUGCCACAAGACUCAGCCUCUGGGGAGUACAGGGAGCUCCCCGUCCUCCAGCCCGGACUUCCAGCUCUGCCAAGGCAACCAGGUCUCCUCAGCUCGCAGGCCACUUCCUGACACUGUGGAUGCCCAUGGCUCAUCUUGUGCCAGCUGGCUGUGCCCCUUGCCGCUGGCGCCAGCCAAGUCUGCCUUGCUGACCUGUCCCCAGGGCCUGGACCUAUACCUGUGUGCCCUGCAGCCGGCAUCGCUGGGCAUGGCCCCACGAGGUCUCAGAAGCGACACCUUGAGCACAACGCUCCAGCCACCAGGGCUGCAUGCAGGCUCCACUGAUGGCGAGAAACUCACGGCCAAGCACUCUGCGAGCAGGGACCAGAGGGGAAGCCAAUGGGAAAGAGCUGGAGAGGGGGCCCGCUGCCCAUCCUUCUGUCCCCACAGCAGCUCUUGCCCACCCCCCUGGCAGAACAGAAGGAGCCCCAUCCCCUUAGCUUUCUGCUCCUGUCUGUCCUGCCUGCUGCCCACUCCCAUCUCCAAAGAGCUCCCAUUCUGCCUUCAUCCCUUCUGUCCUGCAUAUCCACUUCUGCCUCCUCCUUACCUGCUUACCUAUGGGGCCCUACCUUCUGUCCGAUGCCCCCGCCUCUUCAUGCGGCCCCCAGAUCCCUCCCACCCCAUCAUGGCUAUGCCCAGCUUGCUGAUGAGUGUCAAUGAGCCUGGGCCCCCCACGGCCCAGAGGGAGACCCUGUAUCCUUACCCAGGGGCCUCCCAAGCCUCUGGCCAGAUCCAGCCUUUCCAGGCCUGGAAUCCGGGCCCUGGAACUGCCAGGACCUACUCCUCAGGGCAAAAGAGUGCUGGCAGGGCGGCUCCAGCGAGGCGGACCCCACUGGGCUCCCGGACAGGCACCGCAGCGCUGCCUUACCCACUGAAGAAAGAGAAUGGCAAAAUCCUAUACGAGUGCAAUGUGUGCGGCAAGAACUUCGGGCAGCUCUCCAACCUCAAGGUCCAUCUGCGUGUGCACAGCGGGGAGCGCCCAUUCCAGUGUGCCCUGUGCCAGAAGCGCUUCACUCAGCUCGCCCACCUGCAGAAGCACCAGUUGGUGCAUACCGGGGAGCGGCCCCACGAGUGCCUGAUGUGCCACAAGCGCUUCAGCAGCUCCAGCAACCUCAAGACCCACCUGCGGAUGCACUCAGGGGCCCGGCCCUUCGGGUGCAGUGCCUGCCCAAGUCGCUUCACCCGGCAUGUUCACCUGAAGCUGCACCAGCGGCUGCACGCCCGCCGGCCCUGCGGCCUAGCUCACACCCACCUGCCCCUGGCGUCUCUUGCCUGCUUUGCCCGAUGGCACCAGGAAGCCCUAGGUCUUGUGGGGGUGUCAUCAGAGAGGCAGCUGGGCUGGGAUUCAGAAAAGGUCAAGAGGUCCUCGGCAUCUGGGGCAAAUGUUCCAGCACCUGCGCAGAUGCAUGUCUGCUGCUUCCCACCACCUUCUUGUCUCACAGUUCGUAAGAAGCCACUGUGCCUCCUUAGCUGGUAUUCCCUGCCACGGUCAGGGGGCGGGGUGAGCUCCUCCCUCUGCACCUGCUAGGAGCUGAGCCCCCUGUGGGGUGGAGGGACAAGAACACAAGGAUGUCGAUGUCUACUCAUGACCCGGAAGCAAGAUAUCCCCCUGUGUGCCAGGACCAGCCACCAAAGAGGGCAAAGGGCUAAGGAGGUGCGAGCUCAGGGAAGAGGUAGAGGCUCUACAAGGAGUAUAAGGAGGGAAGAACUGGCAAAGAGAGCCUGAGGAGCUAGGACCCUCCUGAUGACCUUUCUCUCUGCGGUCCCAGAGGAUGCCCUCAGAUGUGCAAGCUCUUCUGCUCCCCGACUUGGGAGUUCGCAACAGGUGGGGAAAGGGCACUGCCUGAGAAGCAAGAUUAUUAAUCACAAUAAACAGUAGCUAUUAUUGGGGUGCCUGGGUGACUCAGUGGCUAAGAAUCCACCGACUCUUGAUUUGGACUCAGGUCAUGAUCUCAUGAUUUGUGAGAUCCAGUACAGA